CUGCAGAAGUGUGUUACACCACGCCUCUCAUGGGAUGCAACACACUCGACGCCUGCUGGCAAACACUGAUACACAAGAUAACUAAUGAGAUUCAGCUUGUUUUUGUCUUCUCACUGCUGUAACAACUUGUUUCAUCCUGGGACGGGAAAUAAUCAGUGGAUGAGCAUGUCAAGAGGCCAAAUCAUCGUUCUUUUUCUGUCUUUAUUGUUUGAGUCUUCAUUGACUCAAAUCAAACAAUGUGAAUUGGAGACAGACUGCCCCAAAGAGAACCAAAAUGUUUUUAGUUCAUCUACGACAGAAAUCCCUCGCCUCCUGAAACCAGGUGUGACAGAGGUUUUCUUUGUGGCUAGCCAGAUUAAAACAAUCCCCAAAGAAGCCUUUGUUGAAAACCCCCAGCUUGAAAAGGUGGAGUUCAUGAACACUAAUACGACAUCUGUUGAGCCAGGAGCUUUUGAAGGUUUGGUACACCUCAAGCAUAUUGAAAUCUCCAGCACUCCAUUAACGUCAAUCCCAGUGGGAGUCUUUAAAGACCUCAGCAACUUGGAGAAGAUUAUACUAAAGCUUAACAAGCUCCGUAGUCUGGAGAAGGGCUUGUUUGACGGCCUUAAAAAACUAAGAGAGCUCCUGUUACAUGGGAACGUCAUCGAAUUGAUUGAAGACGGGACCUUUGAUGGUCUUGAGAACCUUAUAUUGCUCCAUUUAGCUAAAAACAAUCUCUCUGCUGUAUCUGCCGACUGGUUCUCAAACCUAAGCAAACUGCAGACUCUCCGGCUUUACGAGAAUCAGCUGACCACCAUUCCUGAAGAGAUUUUCCAGAAUUUGCCAAACUUGAAGGAAAUUGGCUUGCAGGGAAACAAAAUAGCAGAAUUGUCACCAAAUCUUUUUCCACAUAAAGACAAACUAAAUACGUUACUUUUGGAUAGUAAUCUUCUGACUGGUUUACCGCAAGAAUUUUUCGUUGGUUUCCCUCAUCUUAAAAAACUGACCCUACAGAAGAAUAAACUGACAAGUCUACCACCAGUGCUUUUUGGAGAAAUGCCUAAAUUGACUGAGUUAAGCCUCAGUCAAAACAAUCUCAGCACUCUUCCUAAAAGAAUAAUCAGCUCUCUGAAGAAACUCAAGAAGCUAGAUUUGUCUAAAAAUCAGUUUGUCACCUUGCAUGCUGAGUACUUUGAAGGCCCUGAGAAGCUCACAGAGCUGAAUCUACUGAACAACAAGAUACAUUUGCUGGAUGCAGAUGUGUUUGAAAAGAUACAAUCACUGACCACACUCAAGCUAGCUCACAACGACCUCCAGACGCUUCCUGAGAAUAUUUUUCAGCCUUUAACAAAACUCAAAAAACUUUACAUCAAUGACAACCCUUGGCACUGUGACUGUAAUCUGAUACAUCUUCACCUCUGGAUAAAGGCAAACUCUGACACAAUUGUGUCUUCCGUGGUCUGUGAGUAUCCAGAAAAUCUAAAAGGGCAGGAAAUCAAAUCAUUAACAGAGGAUCAAUUUAUUUGCCCCACCCUUCCCCCCACAACCACUCUCUUGACCACCACUGCUACCACAACAGCUCCGACAACUACCACGAUACUCUCAGCGACAGAACCAACAACCUCCACCCUUACUACUACACCUCUUCCAACAACACCAACCACCACUUUGCCAACCACCAUUAUGCCUCCAAUAACCACCACACCCACCACUAUACUCGCAACCACAGAACCAAUCACCACCAUCCUUACUACCACAACUCCAACAACCACUUUUCCAACUAUCACUGUCUCCACCACACCACUAGCCACAACCACCACAACAAUACCAACAACCACAACUCUGCCAACAACUGCACCCACAACCACUAUAAGCACAACUAUAGCCACCACAGCCAUGACCACGAUAACAACAACUGCACCCACAACCAGUAUAACAACUGCACUCACAACCACUAUAAGCACAGCUAUAGCCACCACAGCCAUGACCACGAUAACAACAACUGCACCCACAACCACGACCAUGAUAACAACAACUGCAUCCACAACCAGUAUAACAACCACACCCACAACCACUAUAAGCACAGCUAUAGCCCCCACAGCCAUGACCACGAUAAUAACAACUGCACCCAUAACAACUGCGCUCACCACAACAACUACACCCACAACCACGUUAACAACAAAUACACCCACAACCACAACAAGUAUGCCUACAACCACUAUGACCACAACUACAGCUACAACAGCUACCAUCCUCAGGACUACCCAACCAACCACCACCCAAAUGCCUCCUCCACAAACCACUCCAGUGGUCUUAGCCUGUCCCAUGGAGCCAGUCACUCAGGAGCCAUCACCUUCCUUCACGUAUCAGUACAGAAACAAAGUUCAGCGAUGCAAAUUUCAGAUGAUGAUCUACACCGCAUUGCUGGUGGCGGAGAUCACCUGUACACUGGUGUUGGCUAAGUUCACCCUGUCUCUUUACCAUCUGCUGCAGCGCAGGGAGAGGAUGUACUACAGUGUCAAACUCACCCGCUUCUCCUACAGGAGAGAGAUCAUCCUCAGGCCUCUACGAGAGGCAGAGACUCACAGACUUUAAACAACAGCACUUUAGAGAAAGCUCACUUGUUUGAUGCCAGUGAUGGUAAAUGAACAGAUCAGCAGCCAUUUGAACUGUCAAAGGAUCCUUAAGUAAAUAUGUCGAAACCCUAUUUACUCAUAUAAUGGCUAACAUUUUAAAGUGGUUAUAAUCAAUAUUUUUAUAACAAUGUAUCAAAUGACUAUGUGAAAACAAUGUGAAAGGGGUCACUCGUAGUGAUGAACCUGCAGAGAAUUAUAACCCGAAUCUGCAGCUCCACUCAGCUUUACUGAGCUUUAUAGUGAGUUUCAGCUCAUUGGUUAGCUGUCCGACAUGAAUCCAUACAUAUGUGGAAGAUCUUAAAUUGUAUAUUUUGAUGGAGCUAUGCAGGGACUAUAACUCUUCUUACAUCUGCAUUAACUGUUUUUUGGUCACUUGGGGGCAGCAGAAACAAGCUGUGAACACAUUGACAUAUUAUCACCUUAUAAAGUUGAUACAAACUUGUUAGCAAACAAUUGCAUAUUUACACAUCCUGGAGAUACAGAGCAACUUUAGCAUUCCUUCGGACUCAUUUUUCUGUCCACCUGAUGAAUGUAAGUCCAAUAUUCACUCUCCUUGUAGCUUUGUUUUCAGUCUCUACCAACUCCUGAGGGAAAUAUCUGACUCUUUAGCUGCUAAAUGCUCCACUAUGUUCACCAGAUUUUGUCUGCCUGGUGCAUCGGAAAACAACGCUAUGAGAGCGGUGAGAGUGAACCAAAACAGUAAAGUUGAGGGGCGUAAAACCAAAUCAUUGAGCUAAAAGACACUUUAAUGCAUUGUUAAUAUAAAAAUACUGAUAAUAGCAACUUUAAAUAAAAAUGCUAUAUGAAAUAUUAAUAAAAGUAAUGCUAUACAUUCCUAAUAUCAUCAAGUUGCUGAUCACAUGCUUUAGCAGGUUGUACAUACCCUGUAGAAAUUUCGCAUCUGGGAUGUUUACUUUUUUGCAGGAUGGAUGGAGGAGGAUUUUGUAAAGGAUUUCUGAAAAAUGAAUUUUUGGAAGCAUAAUAAUGUUAUAAACAUAAUGCAUUGUACAAUGAUUAAAAAUGUCCUCCUGGAAA